AUGUACAACUCUCAUUCCAGUUAUGAUUACGGCAGUGCGGACCCAACGGGCGAGCCGGAGCGCCACACCGUUUGGCGGGCCGACGGGGUUCGUUGUAUGGUCGUCGUCGACCCCGCCACCCGCAAAUUGUUAAUUCCACGCGAGUUUGUCUUUCCCACCCGCGCGCAGAAGCGAACCACCAUUCCAAGUCUCUGUCAACUCUUUCUGCAGAACCGCUGCCGCCGCGGGGCGGAGUGCCAUCAAGUCCACGCCGAUCUCACCGUCGUGAAUGAGCUGCGCAAUCAGGUGGAUAGUCUUCCCUGCUGCUGCACGCUGCACGGGGAUAAGGACCACGCGGGGAUAUUAAAUGAACAGUCGUGGCUCUCACGCGUGGUGUUGGAUCUGCCGGAAGUGACGUUUGAGGGCGGAUAUGUGCCGCUCAACCGCGUGAGUUACACAACGGCGUUGCGGCGUUUGUUGAAGGAGCGAUACGCCCGAGUGGUGGAGCGCGACGAGGAGGAGGAGGAGGAUGAGAAUGGGAAUAAUAAUGAGGAUGGAAAUGGUCUGAAUACACACAGUGCAGAUCAGGAGGCAUCACGGCUGGUGUUAGACGCACGGGAUCAAGUGAUUUGUCGACUGCAUGUCUUUGAUCGCUGUCGCUAUGCGGAGGAUUGUCGAUUUCUACAUAUUUGCAAGGAAAUCACAGAACCCCUUCUCUCCGCCCAACGCGAUAAUAAUAAUAAUAAUAAUAAUAAUAAUAAUAAUAAUAAUAAUAAUAAUACCCUCAGUGAAAGCCAUACCAAUACCAAUACCAAUCCUACUGGCCAUAACAAUGCUAAUAUUAAUAAUACCCCUAUUCAUAGUAAUAAUACCAAUACUAAUAAUACUACUAAUAAUAAGAAUACGACGGGUGGAUCGGUGUUUACUUCCGUAUCUCGGCAACAACAACUACGUGGAUAUCCACUCAUGCAAGGUGUAUAUGAUGGCACUCCCAAACCAUCACAAGCACCACAGAUGUGGGCCGCUACUUAUGAUGCCCCGUGGCCUCCAAGCGGUUCCUCCUCAUGGACAUCAUUUCCCACCGCCAGUUUUAAUAACAACAAUCGACACAACACUCUGCAGAACAGACCGACACGACCACAACUCUUACAUCCCGUUGCCGCCUUCUCUCCAGAGAGUAGUCUCACACCUCCACCAAUGGAUAUUGUAGCCCACGGCGCCUCCCUGCCGGAGAGUAUGGGAGGAUACGCCCCGCCCGCGGCUGUCGAGCGAGGUCCACUCUCCUUCUCACUAGGCACACCCACUCCCAUGCGCCCACGCCCAAAUACCGCCAUUCCCAUUUCCCAAUCACAACCAACACCAUCACGAGUAGUGCCGUAUAUAGCCACAAACCCAUUGACGAGUUCAGAAAGUGAUGGAGACGUGGAUGUGGAGCACUCACUUGCGCGGGAAUCCUCUCUGGGAGCCUCACAUGAACGUCCAAAGACAUCUUCAAGAGGACUACCACCGGCUUUAACUGUCACUACGGCAACGAGAAGACUUGUUGGCAACAGACGUUCCUGGCAGCACAACCCAUACGGCAUAAAUACAGGUCUUCACCAGUCUGCAAGUUUACCUGGUUAA